AUGGGUAACUCGCCAAGUAGACGGAAAAUUUCUGCUCAGGACAAGGCAAUUCUAGACAUGAAGAAUCAAAGAGAUAAACUCCACCAGUACCAGAGACGUAUUACUAUCCUGACUGAUAAAGAGAGAGAAAUUGCGAAAGAGAUGCUGGCGCAGGGUAAUAGAUCCAAAGCUCAGCUAGCCCUACGAAGGAAGAAAUACCAAGAGUCUCUACUGGCCAAGACAGACGCACAGCUUGAACAACUAGAAAAGCUGACCAACAGCGUUGAGUUUGCGCUUAUUCAAAAAGAUAUAAUCUACGGCUUAGAGCAAGGAACAAAUGUUCUCAAGUCAAUCCACCGUGAGAUAGGGGGUAUUGACCAUGUGGAAAAGUUAAUGGGGGAUACAGCCGAGGCAAUUGCGUACCAGGAGGAGAUAAGCGAUAUGCUUGGUGGCCAAAUGACAAAUCAAGAUGAAGACGAGGUUGAAGACGAACUAUCCGCUCUAGAGGUCGAGUUGAAUCCCAAUAUAGCUAUGCCAUCGGUACCAGGCACAAGUUUGCCAGUAAAAUAUGAUAAAAAGCGACAGCAAGAACCUGCUGAGCCAAUAGCCAUGUUAACGUAG